AGUGUACAUAAAUUAAAUUAAAUAGCAACAAAAAUAGAUGUGGUGAUAAAAUAAUUUAAAUAAUUUAUUUAUUUAUUUAUUAUUGUAAAUAUUUAUAAAAAUAAGUCAUGAUAAAAUUGAGAUAAUGAAGCGUAAUGUAAUUAGCUUAAUUAAAUUUUUAUUUGUUGCCACGUUUGCCGUAUUACUGACAAUUGUCGUGUUCCGUUAUGUACGUGGACCCCGAAUUUCACUCACUGGAUCUCCACAUUCCCUAAAUUUAUUUGACGGAGACAAAGCAUCAAAUCCUAAUGGUCAACUGGAAGAGAAAAUUGAUUGGCAUGACUACAAAAAAAUUAAAGAGGAUUCUGAGAGAGUGGGGAUCGGCGAGCAGGGAAAGCCAGCAAUUUUAUCACCAACAAAACGGCUAAUAGAAGAAAAAUUAUAUAAAGUAAAUGGUUUCAAUGCUGCGCUGAGCGACGAUAUUUCUCUGAAUCGUUCUGUUCCCGACAUACGUCACCCCGAUUGUAAAAAGAAGAAAUAUUUAAAGAAAUUAAACUCAGUAUCUGUGAUAGUAUCAUUCCACAAUGAACACUUUACAACAUUACUGCGUACAUGUUGGAGUGUCAUCAACAGAUCACCAGCAGAAUUGCUUGAAGAGAUAAUUCUGGUUGAUGAUGCAAGUACAAAAGUUGAGCUAAAAGACAAACUCGAUAAUUAUAUAGCUAAUAAUCUUCCAAAGGUUUCGGUGAUAAGGCUGCCGCAGAGAUCCGGUCUGAUACGAGGUAGACUAGCCGGUGCUAAGAAAGCGCGGGCUAAAAUUUUAGUUUUUCUCGACUCACAUACAGAGGCUAAUGUUAACUGGCUCCCGCCACUCAUAGAACCCAUCACCAAGGACUAUAAGACAUGCGUGUGUCCAUUUAUAGACGUAAUUGCAUUCGAUACCUUCGAAUACCGGGCGCAAGAUGAGGGCGCACGUGGUGCAUUUGACUGGGAGCUCUACUACAAGAGGCUGCCGUUGCUGCCAGAAAAUUUGGCAAAUCCUUCGGAGCCUUUCAAGAGCCCGGUGAUGGCUGGCGGACUGUUUGCCAUCAGCGCCCAAUUCUUCUGGGAACUCGGCGGGUACGACCCGGGUCUUGACAUCUGGGGUGGCGAGCAGUACGAGCUGUCUUUCAAAAUAUGGCAGUGCGGUGGGCAAAUGUUUGACGCGCCUUGUUCUAGAGUCGCUCAUAUUUACAGAAAGUUCGCGCCCUUUCCUAAUCCAGGACGCGGUGACUUUCUGGGAAAAAAUUACAAACGAGUGGCGCAGGUUUGGAUGGACGAGUACGCGGAGUAUAUUUACAAACGACGUCCUCAUUUGAGGAACCUCGACCCUGGUGAUUUGACAGUACAAAAAGCUUUGAGGGAUAAGCUUAAGUGUAAACCCUUCAAGUGGUUUAUGGAGAAUAUUGCUUUUGAUCUAGUAGAUACAUAUCCGCCGAUAGAACCUGAAGACUUUGCGCUUGGAGAGAUAAGAAACAUGGGAGUGCCGGAGCUCUGCUUGGACGCCAAGCGCAAGGCCAAGAAUGAAGCCGUCGUCGUUGAUCUCUGCGUCAAGGACAAUGUGAAGGUCGCCAAUGGAGAGCAGGAGUUCAGGUUGACUUGGAGAAAAGACAUACGUCCGAAGACCAGGACCGAUUGCUUGGAUGUUUCUAGUGGAAUUCCUCGAGCUCCGGUUACUCUGUACCCCUGUCAUGGGCAACAGGGUAAUCAGCGCUGGCGUUACAACGUCGAGAAGCAGUGGCUGAUGCACGGACUGGGUGACAGGUGUCUUGACACCGAUCCUGCUAGUAAAAAAGUAUUUGUAUCAGCCUGCGAUGCUUCGUCGUCUACCCAGAAGUGGAGGAUCCAAGAGGUCAACAUGAUGGCUCUCAAUAACUGGGACAACGUCGGUCCAAAAAUAAAAUAAUUUUUUUAUCAUUCACUUUCACUACAUUCC